CUUCGUCUAUCGCUAUGCCCCAGAACGAGUACAUCGAGGAACACAUCAAGAGGCAUGGACGGCGGUUAGACUACUUCGAGCGCAAGCGAAAGCGUGAAGCUCGAGCCGCCCACCGCGCAUCUGCUACCGCUCAAAAGGCAUUCGGUCUGAAGGCGAAACUUCUCCAUGCUAAGCGGCAUGCCGAGAAGGUCCAACUCAAGAAGACACUCAAAGCGCACGACGAGCGCAAUGUCAAGCAGAAAGACUCAUCUACUGUGCCUGAUGGUGCCUUGCCCACCUACCUGCUGGACCGAGAAGGACAGAAGGACGCCAAAGCCCUGUCGACCGCCAUCAAGGAGAAGCGGAAGGACAAGGCUGCGAAGUAUGCUGUGCCGCUGCCGAAGGUCAGGGGUAUCGCGGAAGACGAGGUUUUCAAGGUCAUGAGGACGGGCAAGAGUAAGAAAAAGGCAUGGAAGCGGAUGGUGACCAAGGCGACGUUUGUCGGGGAGGGUUUCACGCGAAAGCCGGUGAAGAUGGAGAGGUUUGUGCGGCCGAUGGCACUGAGAUACAAGAAGGCCAACGUCACACACCCCGACCUAAAAGCAACGUUCCAGUUGCAGAUCCUCGGCGUCAAGAAGAACCCUCAGUCACCGAUGUACACACAGCUUGGUGUUCUCACCAAGGGUACAGUCAUCGAGGUGAACGUUUCCGAGCUUGGUAUGGUCACCGCUGGCGGAAAGGUCGUGUUCGGCAAGUACGCACAGAUCACGAACAAUCCCGAAAACGACGGGUGCAUCAAUGCCGUCCUGCUUGUAUAAUGUUUUUUGCUUCUGCUGUUCAUUUGCAUGCCACUUGUACUUUCGUACUUUCGUCGCACCGCAUAUGACCGAUUACUGUGCGCCAUUCUCUUAUGUAGUUAAUAGCAGACCCAGUGGUCAGUUACAUGACGGUGUAGGAGUAGGAGACCUAUCGAAACGUCAACAUGCGUAACUGUACAACCGACUAUGUUACAGAGCGUUUAAAAGCGAUGGUGGUGGUGCCCAGAAGCCAAUCCGGCUUCACAUGUAAAGGUCGAACCGGAAUAUUGAGCUCCACCUUCGUAUC